AUGAAUAGUACUUCAAUCAGCACACCACUUAGACCGGUAUCAUUACCAAACUUAAAUUUAGGUAAAUUCUGGACAUCAUCAACCAUUAGUGGCUGGGUAGACUCUAUAUAUUCUCAAUCAGAAGUAUAUAUUAAGCACGAAAAAGAUCUUAGAGAGGAAGAAUUAAAACAACAAUUACAAAAUUCUGGUCCAGGAAGUAGUAACGAACCAAUUGAUAUAGAUGGAAUGGAUAUAAAUAAUAAUAAUAAUAACAACAAUAAUACAAAUAGUAAUAAUAUAAAUAGUAAUAAUAAUAGCAAUGGUAAUAAUAUGAGCACAGCUGUAAACACCAGUGGUUCAUAUCAUAACCAAAAUAAUUUAUUUGCAAAUAGAAGUUAA